UGCCAGAUCAGGAGCCUACAAGUUCUGAAAAUACAUUGGCUUUGAUGGAUGACUCUGGAUGUGUUUUAUCAAAUGAGCAAAGAAGCGAAUCUGCAGAGUUGUCCCAGCAUGUUGUGGAGAGUGUAGUCCCCAUCCCUUCUACCACUGCUCUUGAGAAAAAGCCGUGCACCACCCUGGAGAAUCCUCCAUCUUGUCACUUGCAGUUCUUGCAACAUCUGCUCGAACUGAAGAAACUGAGAGAAUCCAGUAGUCUGAAAGUGUACCUAACCCACUUUGAAAAAGACUCCUCCACAGUUUCUGAUUCUGUUUCACAGUUGUUAGAUGGCCUGAUCACGUUUUACCGUAACCCGAAACUCCCUUUCUCAAGCUUUUGGACGGAAGCUGUUGCUACAUUAGCUAGACUGGCGAGUGAUUUUAAUUUAUCUAAUCAUAUUCUUAAAAAAUGUUCAAAGAAGUUGGAAGAAUUUGAGAAAACUCUACUUCAGGCUAUUUUAGGGAACAGCAGUAUAAACCGGUUCCAGGUGCAGCAUUAUGUCUCUCAGAGUCUCGUGACCCUAGGAAGUUGCAGCUUGUUGAGGAGUCUAUUUAUGCUACUACUCUCUGAAGUGAACAGCUUUGUGGAUGACCUGGGAGCCAUCAAUCAGGUUCAAGGCAAUUAUGAUGUGACACGCUAUGAAAAUAUUUUCUCUCUGUUCUGGAUUCUGGAGCAACUUCUUCAACAAGAAACCCAGGGAGAUCCCACUUUACACAUUGAUCACAGCAGCCCAGAAAUCCAGACAUUUCUUCAGAAGCAUGAUGAAACCAUCUUCCAACUUUCAGAUGCGUUUCCUUUAUUUACUUUUUACUUAUGGAGACUGGGCAUUCUCUUGAACUCAGAAGAGAUGGAGACUGUUGAGAAUGAGUCAUUUCCUUAGCAGUCUACCAUAUAUCAGAAAAUGG